AUGGGUGUAGCUGCAAGCUUUGUCAACAACAAUCCAUUGCAAAUGCACAAGUUAAAGUUACUAAACUUUUAUAUCUCUAAAAAUCUAGAUGUUGUCAAUUUAAAUUGGGUACCAAGUGAAGUUUGUAACAACAUUAAUAGUCCAUGUAAUUUUACAAGUGAUCUAUUUUGGGGUGGAUCAGCACCGGUGCCAGGUGAUACAUUAUAUAAUAUAAAUAUCGAUGCCAGUAGUUUUGGUAGUCCUCAGUAUAUAGAGUUGAUCCUUGCUUACAAUCCAGAGCAAAUCGUUCUUUUCAACCUGACUGGACCAGUUACCUUUACUGUUUCCAAAGUGGCCGAGUUCAACAACACAGUGGUCAAUAAUGGAUCGACCGUUAUUGUCAAUGCCAAUCUGAAAUCGGAGCAGACAACAUUCACAAAUGGAUCGUUGCUGGUGCAUAUGGGAUCGACAGAGUUGAAUGGAGUCACCCUGUUUAAUGAAUUCUCAACGUUUAUCGUUGACCAAGAUGCCACACUGAUAUUGGAAGGCCAGACCGAUCUCUAUUGUCAGUUGCAGAUGUUGGGUCAAACUGUUUUGAACAUGGUAUACAAUCAUUACCCGGUGGUGUUCCAUGCCGGUGUUGUAAGCAACUUCAAAUUGCUGUUCCAACAAUCGAUCAGUUUCAAAGGUGUGUCAAAUCUUACUUUGGUCGAUGGUCACAACGGUGGAGAAUUCGUUUUGCUGCCAGGUGCCGAAAUAUACAUCACCGGUGACCUCUAUAUCACCGAUAUCGGAAUGUAUCCAGGCUCCCUACUCGAUGUCAACACCGAGCAAAUCACAAUUGUCUUGGGAUUGACUUUGGGAGAUACCACCAACUCUGCCACUCUCGUUGCCAACUCAAUUGAAAUCAACCAAAUCACUUCCAGAGGUACACUCAACGUACAGUCGCCAAACAUUGUCUUUAACGAUGUUGCACUGAUUAACCAAUUCAACAUCCUCGGUAACUCAAUCAUUGUUUUCAACGACAAUGUAACCAUCGAGGAUAUCCAAUCGUUAGGUAACAACAAUGAAAUCACAUUGAUUGCCAAUCAAUCUAGUUCUGCAACUAUCGCUCAGGUCUCACAGGAGGGAACCAUCCAAGGUCUUACCAUCCAAGUCAACGUCAAUGCAUCGUUGUUGAUUCCAUCGGCGUUUGCAACCACCGGUGACAUCGACUUGUACGGUGCCUGCGAAUCAAAGAAAUCGCUCACAGCAGGAAGCAUCUUUAUCAGAGAGUCUGGUUUGCUCAACUUAGACAACAAUCAGUUGAACGCCAAUCUCUUUUUCUACGGUGGACAAUUCAACUAUAACAAAGCGACAACCUUGAAUAUCGGUGGAUCACUCAACCUCAACAACGGUGCAUUCUCACCGACCUCCGACAUGAUCAUCGCCGGAUCGUUUGUGAUUGCACAAGCCAAUCUACAGUUGAUCAACACACACAUCCAAGUGCUGACAUCGAUGCAAAUUUCUCAUCAAACCAACAUCCAGAUUCAACAGAGUUUCCAACCGGGCAGCAACGGAGUGGCACCGAUCGAAGUACUCGGAACGGUCUCACUGGACGGUCAGAUCAACAUCAAAUUCCAAGAUCAAAAAUCGAUUGACUACUCACAAAACUACAAUAUCAUUAGCUCACAAGAUCAGAUCACAGGUAACUUCUAUGGUGUCGUUGCAUUACAAGCCACCGAGAAAUACGAAAUUAAAGUAAGCACCGGUAAACCACCCAACUAUGCUUACCUAUCGUUUGAAAAGCCAAAGUCUGGUCAUAUGGCAUCGUGGAAGAUCGGUUUAAUCGUUGUUUCAAUCAUGGUUGUCAUGGUUGCAGUUGGUUUCGGUUGGUUAUAUUACAAGAGAAAUGAUGGUUAUCUUAGAUUAAAUAAUUAA